CUCCUCUUCCCUUUUUUACCCUCUCUCUCCAUCCCCUUCGCUGCUCGAAACCCAUUGCUCGCACGCAGCAAAUCUGCCGUCGCCGCAACAAAUCUGCCGUCGCCGCAAAUCUGCUCAAAGCCCAUUGCUUGCACGCCAUAAAGGUCGGCAAUUCAAACCAUUUUGGUUGUUCCGUAGACUUUCGAGCUCCAUAGUCGUUGUCGCUGGUAUCUGGUUGUUGUCUGCAACAUUUAUCAUUUACCCCCAAUUUGAUUGAACAUGCAAAUGAGCUUAGAUUUGAAUUAUGAGGUGGUUUAAGGGGUUUAGGUACUACAAUUCGAUUGUAAUUCAAUUUCAUUAUGUUAUUAUCCUCUUUGAUGUGUUCGUGUGAUUUGUCCCUGUAAUAAUUUAUUUAUUUUUAUUAUUUUUGACCGAUCUGAUUUGCACAUUGAUUGAAUGGGAAAAUUUGACUAUCUUUAACCCAUUUUGAAGGUCGAUUUACCUGUAUGUUUGUGACAUUUAUGUUCAUUGUACACUCUCUGGUACUAGGUGAUUUUUUUCAAACUUGUAACUUGAUGGAAAAUAUCUACCUGGAUAAAAGCGAUAAGCUAGCUUUUCCAAAUGAAUACAAGUAGCAAUGCUUUUUAACUGCUAUUGGUCGCUCUGUGUUGUAGUUGUUCACAGGCAUGGAUCGGGUACAAAAAAAACGAAAGGAAAUUGAAAAUGUCUUGGUAAUCGUUGAAGAUUUGGUUCGUCGGCAGCGCCAACAAUCUUUGCUACUGCUCAGUUUGGCUGAGUAUUUUAGUCGGCGGAGGACUAGUGAAAAUGAAGACGAUACAACCGUGGUUAUUGAUAUGCUAGACAGGAUACCGGAGCAAAUUCGACGUAUGGAUAGGCUGGUGCGUUCUACUGACACGGACUGUGUGAACAAUCUUGCUUGCUUCUACGUGAGCGCAUGGGUUUGGGCGAUCGGAAAUAUGUAAGCUUGGAAGAGCAAGUGUCUAUGCUCUUGAGCCUCCUCGCUCAUCACAAAAAGAAUCGGAUAGUAGGGUAUGAUUUUAUACGAUCUGGUCAGACCGUUUCUCGAUAUAUUCAUGAGGUGUUGAGAUGGGUGAUUGGACUUCAUGAGGUAUUCAUGUCUAAACCCACGCCCGUGGACGAGAAUUGCGACGAUCCCCGUUGGAAAUGGUUCAAGGGCUGUCUAGGGGCAUUGGAUGGAACAUAUAUCGACGUCCGUGUGAGUGUUGGGGAUGCACCGCGGUACAGAACACGAAAGGGCCACAUCGCCACCAAUACUUUGGCUGUCUGUGAUCGGUUUAUGCGAUUUGUCUACGUCCUACCUGGGUGGGAGGGAUCAACCGCUGAUGCUCGUGUUCUACGUGAUGCUGUCACACGAGAAGUUGACAAUCUACGUGUCCCUAAAGACUGCUAUUACUUGUGCGAUAAUGGAUAUGCAAACAGCGAAGGAUUCCUCACACCAUUCAAAGGUGUGCGGUAUCACUUGAAGGAGUGGGGACCUGCUGCGCAUAAGCCCCAAAACCCUCAAGAAUUGUUUAACAUGAGGCACACCAUGGCGCGGAAUAUCAUCGAACGUGCUUUUGCGGUUCUGAAGAUGAGGUGGGGGAUAUUACGUAGUGCCAGCUUCUACCCGAUCGAAACACAAACGCGCCUCAUAAUGGCAUGCUUCAUUCUGCAUAAUUUCAUUCGAAGCCAAAUGCAAGUUGAUCCAGUGGAGUUGGAACUAGGUGAUGCAACUGUGGACCUUGAGGACCUUGAUCACACAAAUGGGGACAUUUCAGCCGGGCCGGCAAGAGAUGGUCGGGAAUAUGUUGAUGCAGUUGAAUCUACCCCAGCAUGGAACCAGACCCGGACCGAGAUAGCUGAGUUUAUGUGGAAUAAUACGCAACUCAGACAGUAGUUUAUGACAUUGGAUACUUGUUUAAUUGAAUUUAACUUCGUACUCUUUCAUUUCAAUAUUAUUUUGGUGUUUGUACAUUUACAUGCGUUUAUUAUAAUAAACUUCAGUUGCACGAUUAA